GUUAAUUAAAACACGGAAGUGUUUUGUUUUCGACUUACAGUUGGGUGACAGAUGUAUUUUAACCAUAUUUUUUAAACAAUCAAAAAGGUAACCACUGUGAGUCCCGAGUUUUUCGUCAUGGUGGAGCCCACAGCAUCUGGUGUGUUCUGUAACAGAAUGCUGAGCAUGGUUAACUCUGAGGAUGUGAACGCUAUCAUCCAGGCUCAGAGACAUAUGCUUGAUCGCUUUGAAAAAACCAACGAAAUGCUGAUCAACUUUAAUGGACUGUCAAAUGUGCGACUGCAACAGAUGAAUGAGCGGUUUCUGCUUCACACCCGCACGCUGGUUGAGAUGAAGAAAGAUCUGGAUAGCAUCUUUAGAAGGAUUAGGACAUUAAAAGGGAAGAUUGCAAAACAGUACCCACAGGCUUUUAGCAAUAUCCACGAGUCACCCAUCUUGGAGGACGAUGAUGAUGAAUUUGACCCAAUUCCUCCAAGUGUUGCCACAACCACCACAACAGCCACUUCAGAGCAGAGCACAGAGUCGUGUGACACAAGUCCUGAUGUGAUCUCACCUACUGUCAGUAGAUGCUCUGAAGAUCUCUCGCAAGAGCCAUCAGACACACCCACCUCUGAUGUCUUAGAGAUAGCUGUCUUGCAGGAUGAGGGUCCUGACUCUGUACCUGCAGAGUAGAGUGAACAGCUUGCAAAUGGAUAAAUAUCUGUUACUUGAAACUAAGCUUCAUCCUAAAACUCAACAGCAGUAAAUGUUGUAUGUAUGAGUAAAUGUUGGUCUCUGUAAUAUUUUCUGUUUUAGUGAUCUGUUUGUUAAAGGUCACAGCCUUGAUCUCAGAGAAUAUUGCAUUUUUGUUGGCAUGCUUAUUUUUUCUAUGCCUGCUUAGCUCCUAAAUAAUGCCAAAAAAUACUUGAAGUUGUGUACAGUUUUUUAAUGCAGAUAUAUCAAAGUAAGAAUCCUAAUUAUGUGUUUGCAAGCAUAUUUAUUUCUUGUCAUUAUUUGGAAAGAUGCACACCUGACUGAAGAAAGAAUUUUCUCACCAUGAUUACAUAAUAAAAAUGCACAAAACUUCAUGUUCUCAACCCAAAUAAUAACAGCUGAGUGUGUGAACAUUUGCAACACCUGUUGUCUCACUUUUAACAGUUUAGUAUAUUUAUGUUCACUAGUAGGCCCUUGUUAACUGUCUCCCUCCCUUAUAGCUAAUUAAAGGUGUUUUUCUGUGUAAAGGAAA